CGAUCAUUCAGUACCAUGGCUGCUGCUCCAUGGACGGCGGGGGCGUUGUGGGUGAAUCCUCGGAUGCUUCUCUUGAUUGGUGUGUGCUGUUGGUCAACGAUGUUCCUCUUCGUCAUGCGCGGCAACUGGUGCUCCAUGGACGAUGGCUAUUUGCGCGUGGACCACCGCCUCCGCACGCAUGGUGGUGGGUCGUCGUCGUCGUCAUCCCGGGGCAUUAUCAUGUGCCUGCACAACGGCAUGGUGCCGAUGGCUCUGUCCCUCGUGCAGGAGCUUCGGACUCUCGGGAACACGGAUGCAAUCCACAUGUACCAUUGCGGCGCCGACGAGAUGACGCCGCUAUCGAGGACGACCAUCCUAGCCGUGGACCCGUCCGUCCAGUUCAUCGACGUCUGCACCGACAUGGUCGGGUCGGGGAAGCUCCGCGAGGAUCAAGUGCCUUCCUUCCGAAGCUACUGGCUCAAACCGCUCGCGCUCAUUCAUACAUCGUUGGACCAUGUGAUGCUCAUGGACACGGACGUGAUGGUGUUCCACGAUCCCGCGCUUCUCUGGGAUGUGCAAGGAUACAAAGACACGGGGACGUUGUUCUUUCGAGACCGAGAAAUCCUCAUCCAAAUGUUCCUCACGGAUAUUAUCGAGUUCCCCGACCAUUCGAAAAAAUUGGCCUUGCAUGCAUUAAUCGAGUCAUUUGACUACGCCAAGUUCAAUCUCGAGUACAAUCCUUCGUCGUCGCUGCUCAAUUCGCUGGCGUGGAAAGGGGAAGCAGCUCACGAACAAGACUCGUCGAUCACUGUCAUUCAAAAGUCCAAGGCCCCACUCGCCAUGGACGUGUUGUUCUACUUGGUCACUCAAGAAAUUCACAAAUAUAGACCUAUUUUCACACACGGAGAUAAGGAACUGUUCUGGCUCGCUUACGAACUCAGUCAUUUGCCGUACUUCUUUUCGCCGUGGGCAAAUUCUGGCUCGGCGCGGCCUGGAGAUAUGCAAAACCAUCCCAAUACAUUAUGUGGUAUUACUACUACAGCUACGUUAUAUACACGCUCCUUAUUAGCUGAUGGGACUUGGCGCAAUGGGUUCCAGACGUCCGUUUCCAACAUGUGUUGCUCCACAUCAACGGCGCAUAUGUGUUUAAUCCGCACGCGAGUCACUUGGCCGCCAUUCUGGACAUGGAAGGCCGGCGCGAAAAGUUGCUGAGCAACUUGCCGACAAACGUGUCCGCCCAGCGGCGCCGAUCCAAGGCCCUGGUGCGCGCACAUGACCCUGAUAACCUCUGGAAUGACAUUUGCCUAUUUAAUCGGGGGUCGGAGCCCAUUCGUGAACAAGAUGCGGCUGCCAUGAGAAGGAAAAUUAAUAGCGCUGUGGACAUCGCCAUCGAGUUGGAAGCAGCUAAGAAAGAGAUCGAAAGCAAAAUCACCACGCCGCCAGCGAUGUAAACUAACUAUACAGAGCCAAACUCUGUAUAUCUUAUAUAUACACUCGGAAUCGAAUA